GGGGAACCCUGAAAUGGAGGGAGUGAGCAGGCCAGCUCACAUUUAUUUCCAACCCUCCUGCCCAGUUCAGGUUUUUUUUUUUUUUUCUUUAAACCUCAAGUUCCCUUUUCUUCACACCAUUAUCAGCUUGUUUUCUUUCCUCUGGUCUGCUUGCUUCACCUUGCCAUCAGCUCAUCCUCAGCACGCAGAGUGCUGAUUCUGUGGGAACGGCUGCAGCUCAGCACACGGAUGGUCCUGGGCAGGGCCAAGGGGCCAGGCGGUGCCCAGGGGCUAGCCCAGUGCUGCUCCCCACACCUCCGCGGGCUUCACCUUUCUCACAUCACCCCAACCCCCUUGAGAAUCUGCAGACAGACAGGUGUGGAAGCUCAGAUGGAAAAGAGAGGCCCCUUAACAGUUUCAGUUCUCACGCACCCCAUCCGGGGAGGCCUGAGGGCUGCAGCUCAACCCGAAUGUAAAUCUUCCUCCAUAGAGGGACAGGGAGCCCAGGAGAAAAGCGAACCACAGGGAGGGCGCCUUGAGGCAGCCAUGGGAACAGCCUGCGGCUGGGGCGCCCGAUGCCAUUUGUUCCUGACAAGUGUGUGGGCCUCGCUGUGGAGCCGCUCUUUCUGUUCCUGCCACCAUGUGGGCAGGCGCUAUGUUUAGGGCUGCGCUUUGUGAAACAGCUUCCAGCCGGAUGGCAGGCGCGGCUCAGCAGUCCCUGGUGUCCCUGCAGAGAUGCCACGGGGACAGGCUCCCCUGUCCUCCUCGCAGAGCUGAGGAGUUAGGCGCCUGGCCUCGUGUACCCGGGACUUGGGGUGCCCACCGGCUUGGCCACGGGGCAGGGGUCCGGAGGCCCAGCCUCUUGACGCCAACCCUGCCACUCGUCUCUGUUAUUUGAACAAGUCACUUCAAAUCCUCAGGCCCCGCUCCCUGUGUCAAAUGAGGUUUGGAUGAACCCAGGUUUGCUUGUUUGAAGGAUGGAAAUCUUUCCCUGGAGCGGGUGCCCGCUGGAGCCGGGAGUGGGGGUGACUAAGCCCACAAAGUCGAGCCACAGAGGCGCUUUGGGACGGCGGCCUCGCGAGGGCCGCAGCAACGGGCACCGCAGGCGCAGGCCGCCCGGCGCCAGAAGGGGCUGAGGGCUGGUGGCCGAGGGGGCCCUCCCUGCGGCGGGGCCGAGCCUCGCGGCGCGGGAUCGCGUGCCCGGCCGCCCCUGCCAUCUCGGCGGCCGUGCGGGGCGCCCCUGACAGCGGGCAGACUCGGCGCCCGAGGGGGCGUGGGAGCCGCGCGGGGACGCCGGCAGGGCCCACGGAGCCGGGAAAUGGAAGCAGCCAAAAGCCCAGGCGCGCCCAGUUAUCCUUUGCCGCCGCCUCGUCGGGAGCGCCAUUUGUCACGCGAGUCGUCUCCACCUGUAACUCGUCCCUGCCCCGAGGCCUCCGGCGCGGACCCUUCGGCUCCGGUCCCUGCCUCGGUCCAGAGCGGGCAGACGGGGCGGCGGGUUUCGCGAGGCGGGCGAGCGCGAAGCCCGAGGGGCGGUGCGGAGCGCGGGGUCAGCGCGGGGGGCAGACAAAGGCGGGGGACGCCGAGCGAGGGGAAGACAAAGCGCAGAAAGGGGGUCGGCGGCGGCGCCGGGGCCCCGGAGGCGGCACCGGGCGCGGCGGAGCCAAUGGGCGGGCGCGGGGCGGGGGCCGGCGGGGGCGGCGCCGCGGUGAGGCGGCGGCGGCCGCGGCCGCUCAGGAACCACUGGCAGCGGCGGCAGCUCGCCCCCGCACGCUCCUCGCACCGAGGCUUCCCCCGGAGACUGACCCCCGCCCCGCGGCCCAGGCCGGGGCCCGGUGAGACCCGCGGGCGGGCCGGGGGAGGGGCCGGCCUCCGGCUAGCGAUUCGGACGACCCAGAACCCAGCGGGCGCCGCGUCUCCACUCGGGGCCUCCAUCGCCUUCAACGAGCCAUGUUCCAGGCCGCCGGAGCCGCCGCCCAGGCCACCCCCUCCCAUGAAGCCAAAGGUGGCGGUUCCAGCAGCACGGUUCAGCGCUCCAAGUCCUUCAGCCUUCGGGCUCAGGUGAAGGAGACCUGCACCUCCUGCCAGAAGACCGUGUACCCCAUGGAGCGACUGGUGGCCGACAAGCUCAUUUUCCACAGCUCUUGCUUCUGCUGCAAGCACUGUCACACCAAGCUCAG